AUGUUUGACAAUUUUACCCGGCACCAUUUGAUUGUUCCACUCCAGAAGAGUAGUGGGUUUUAUCAUGACCCAGUUGCUGGCUGGUACUAUUGUAGCAAGGAUGGUCAUUACUACAAGCAUGAAAAUGGCGAGUAUGUUCGCUUGGGAUAUGAAGAGUCUGGCGUGAACCUUCCUGCAGAAAUUGCCACUUGUGAAGAUGACUCUGCCACAAAAGGUUCUCCUGCUCAGACCGAGAAUGGGUUAUCAGUUUCAGAAAAUGAACAUCAAGUUUCAUUGAAUGAAGAAACUGCUUCAGAGCCAGCAGGUCGCUCAAAUGACCAGGAACUUGAACGACCUUCCUCAUGGUUGGAAGAUACACUUAUCGAACUUUAUUUGGCUGGAAAUGAUCAACGGCCCAAAUAUUCAAGCUAUGAGACACCUUCUGGGGCUAAUAAUCAGGAUUACCAGAUGUUGUCAGCUAAUGGAGACGAUGAUGCUGAGGAACUCGAAGAGGGAGAAUGGAUUCCUGAAGAAGAUUUUGAUCCACAGGAAGAGAACUUCGAUGAAGCUGCUCCUUCGAGGGAGGAAGAACUAUGGCUGUCACAAUAUGGUCAAGUCAUCGAAUCCCGUGAGGAGACCCUGCCUGAGAUCCCGUCUGUUGAUUUGUGGGAUUGGAAACUUGUUUGUGAAUCCAGAAAAGCGGACAAUGAAGAGGUGGCUAGGCUAGUAGGGAGGCUGGUUAAACGGUCCGCAAAUCUUCACCCAUCUGUGGCUUCUGGUGGCACGCUUUUCAAAACUGCACCAAUCUGUGAAGCACGGCUUCACCUGGUCCGUGUUAGGACAGGUCAAGUCUAUAGACUGCGGAAUCCUAGUGCAAAAUAUCUUGCGUCCUUGUCAGUAUAUGACGCGUCUAACCCAACAAAAGAUUGGGGAUUCCCUGAUAUUUCAACAGCAUGGCAAAUACCUGAUACAAAACGCAAAGCUAAGAAGGUGAGACCAAAACCCGACAGCAAACACACGGCGAAGCCACGAGAUGAAGUCAACAUGAUUGAAGAGCAGAGAAGCUCUUCUUCAUACAGAGAUAGAGCCGCGGAGAGAAGAAAUCUGCAUGGUGGAUAUGGUGUUGGACCAGGUCAAAAGGGAACAAAGGUGGAGGAGCAUGAUGAUGAUGAUAGUGGUUGUGAAGAGGAGGACGCUACAGCGGAUGAAGCAUUGGAGUAUACAUUUGGAUCUGGAAGUUACGCAAGGAGGAUUAUGGGAAACAUGGGUUGGAAGGAGGGUGAGACGCUGGGGAAGAAUACAAAAGGUUUGGUUGAACCGAUACAAGCAGUGGGAAACACUGGGAAUGUAGGGCUUGGCUUUCCUCAAAGGAGAAGGAAAGUAUAAUCUUUUUUUGAGCUAGGUACCCAGAUUUUUCUCUUUAUGCGAGUGGUCAUUAUUACUUGAGAAUGAGGUUGCAUUUAUCUCUUUUAAUUGUAUUAAUCCUAGAGAUGGUUGAAUAUAUAGUUUCCUCAGUUGCGUUGCUACAUGCAUGGUUUUUGACCUUUUUAAACCACAUUCAAAAUUUCUUGUAAGAGUUUAUCAAAUUUGGGAUGUUAUAAGAAAGUUGUGUUAAUUAUAAUUGAGAUUGAAUUUUAACAUGUUUCUAGAUCAAUUUAUGCAUUCACUAU